AAAAAAAAAAAAAAAAUUACCUCACAUGGCAAUCACAGCAGGCUACGACCGGAUGAAGGAGGUGGAAGAGUUCGACCAAUCCAAAGCCGGUGUAAAAGGACUCUCCGAUUCCGGCGCCUCCACCAUUCCCAGGAUCUUCCUCCACCCGCCGGAAUCACUCUCCGGCCUCCGCCGCACGGCGGCGGCCCCUUCCCCCCAAAUCCCCGUCAUAGACCUAUCCGGCGCCGUUCUGCCAGACCUCCGCCCCGAAAUCGUCCGCCAGAUCCGGCACGCAGCGAGCACGUGGGGGUUCUUCCAGAUCACCAACCACGGCAUACCAAUCGCAACCCUCAACGCCACCGUGUCCGCCGUCAGAGCCUUCCACGAGCUCCCGGCGGAGGCGAAGUCUCGAUUCUACUCGCGUGAGGAGACGCGCGGGGUCAUGUACGCCAGCAACAACGACCUCCACCGCUCGGAGGCCGCCAGCUGGCACGACUCGAUCCAGGUGUGGACGGCGCCGGAGGCGGCUCCGGCGAUGGAUAUACCGGAGAUCUGCCGGGAGGAGGUGCUGGCAUGGGACGCGGUUGUCAAGGGCGCGGCGGACAGGGUGAUGGAGCUGCUGGCGCAGGGGUUGGGUCUGGCGGCCGGGAAAUUCGAGGAACUGACGUUCGCGGGGGCGAGGGUUGUGGUGGGGCACAUUUACCCAUUCUGCCCUCAGCCGGAUCUGACGCUGGGGAUCAAGGCGCACACGGAUCCAGGGAUUAUCACGAUUUUGCUUCAGAAUGAGGUACAGGGAUUGCAGGUUUGGCACGGGGAAGAAUGGGUGGAUGUGAAACCCGUCCCAGGAGGACUUAUUGUUAAUAUUGGGGAUUUUCUUCAGAUUGUUUCAAACGGAGAGUAUAAGAGUGUUAAACAUAGAGUGUUGGCGAACGGGAGCAAGGAACCUCGUAUCUCGAUAGUGACAUUCUUCAAUUUAGUUAAAUGGCGAGAGGACGGUAAAUACGGGCCCUUGCCGGAGCUAUUAACGUCGGAAAAGCCAGCUGUCUACAGAGAUUUCACUAUAGAAGAGUUCUGUGAGAACUUCUACAGCAAAGAACUGGACAUCAAGUCCUUUGUCCAGAAAACCAAACUGUGAUGUGAUAUCUUUGUCUGUGCAAAUGAUGAUUAAUGAUGAGCGUGCUAAUUUAUUAUAAUAAAUAAUGACAUGCUACCUCUUGAAGAAACAUUUCUAGUUUGAUGUUGUGUUUGUGUACUGACCAUAUUGAUGAAAAAUCAUAUAUGUAAAAGGUGGUGCUAUUCGGAAUUUCGGAUGGUUUGAUGAAUGUUAUGUUUAUAAGGAUUGGUUAUUGUUACCCAAUAACAUUAUUG